AUGGCCAGGUUCCUAUCUCUCGCGCUUUUGGCAGUCCUCGUCGUCGGGGUGGUUACUCCCCUGGAGGCAGCACCGAAGAUGACGCUGUACGAGAAGAACCUGAACGACGUGAUCACCGUCGUCAAGGCGAAGCCCGGUUACAAGGCUUUCGCAUCGCUCGUCGGCGCAAUUCUGAAGCAAUCCCAGCUGAAGAGCCUCGUCCAGCAGAACCUGACCAUCUUCGUUCCCAACGACAAGGCGCUUAACGAAUUCAACCUCACGCAGUACGCGACCGCCGACCUCCUUAAAGUCGUCAAGUACCACGCCGUCAAGGGCACGUACACUUUCGCGCAGCUCCAGACUCUCGCCGCAUCUGGUGGAAAGCUCCAGACGACCUUCAGCCAGCCGAUCGCGCUCACCAAGGCGAAGAAGGGGAUCGGCAUGUUUGGCAUGGAGAAGAUCGGCGCCGCUGUCCUUGAUAAGGACAUCUCCAUUAAGCCGACUGUGGUUGCGCACGGGAUUUCCCGGGUGCUUAAGCCUAAGGGGGCUGACGGCGGGGGUGGCGGAAACGAGCGGAUUGGCGGAGCUCGCGCGUCGGUCGGGGAAGGGGAAAAGGGGAAUGGCAGCGCGGGGGGAGGCGACCGGGGAGGCGGGCACGCGGGGAACGCGGGGGAGGCGGAGGAGGGGGAAGCGGGAAUGGAGUAUGAAGAAAGGUGCCAUGAAUUCCCCAAGGGACAGUGGGACAGGCGCGCUGGCCAUCUUUCUGAGGAAGGCAAUGGUGACAUCACCACAUGUGACUAUAACGAUGCCAGCAUUGCAGCCAACAUUCGCCACAACUGCUUGGCCAAUGGCGUCCCACCACUGCCUCACAUUCGACACACAUGGGGAGAACCGUUUCCCAUUGAGCAGCCAUCAUGGGAUGUCAUCAUUGCCAGUGACAUUCUGCUCUAUGUAAAAGAGUAUCCCAACCUCGUCAAGACCCUCCGCUUCCUCCUCUUCGGCGCUCUGAAGUCACACCAAGCAGUACAAGGCAAAGCCGGUGUGAGAGCAGGAGGGGGAGAAGGGUGUUUGGUUGGGGAGAGAGAGCAGGCAGGUUGUUCACUGGCUGGGCUAGCUGUUUCUAAGGCUGCUAGGGAGACCGGAGGAGGAACAGACGCAGGUGCUCCUAAAAUGCAAGCGCAGGGGAAAGAACGUGAGGGAGGGCGUGGGAAUGCAAGGCAGCGAAUGCAGAAGCAGCAGCGCUGUAGGGAGCAGGCGGCUGCUGAUCUGGCGCUGAGGCGGCCGUGUUUCGUGAUGAGCUGGCGAAGGAGAAUCCCGAGGGAGGAUGAGGAGGGGUUCUUCGGGUUGUGUGAGGGGGCGGGGAUGAGUGUGGAAGAUCUUGGCUCUAGAGUGUUUUGUAUUGCUCCUCUUGCUAAUGAAUGA